UUGUUCAAAUUAAGUUCCAAAAAUAAUUCCAUAAUUAGAUCCCAAGUCAAAACUUUUAUCAAACCUGAUCCUCACAAUGGACAGUUUGUGUCGGCACAGAACAUACGAGAAUCAAAGAACAGAAAUCCUCCGGUAUUUGCGCGCGUAGAGUAUGAUUGGAAUAUCUUUAAAUGCGCAAUGUCUUUCUCAAGUUUUUCAGCUACAAUUCCUUUUCCCCCAAAUUCAAACCAGAAGGAGAAAUAUUUACUUUUCCCGAGCUACACCAAGUUAUUCUUCCCCGUUUCAAACGAACUUCGGUUCAAUUUUAACCAGCUUCCCGUUUAUCUCCAUUUCGAGUUGUAGACAAACCCAAACUAUUUUUUGUGCAACUAUGGAAGAUUACAAUAAUACUGCGUUUGAAGCCCUUUCGUCGGAUAAGUAUUUUAAAGAAUUGGAACUCGCUGUAAAGGCAGUACAGAUGGCGUGUUGGCUCUGCCAGAGAAUUCAACAAAGUUUACUUUCUAAAACAAAUGAUCAUGUACAAUCCAAGGAUGAUAACUCUCCUGUCACAAUUGCGGAUUGGAGUGUCCAAGGAAUUGUGAGCUGGGUACUGUCUGAGUCUCUUGGUAGUGAUAAUGUAUCCAUUGUUGCUGAAGAAGAUGUUCAAGUACUAUCCAAGGUUGCCGCAAUAGGGUUACUGGAAGCUAUAGUGAAGACUGUUAAUGAGUGUCUGUCCGAAGCACCCCGGUUUGGACUUAGAGCACCGGUUAUGGCUCUCAGUACUUCAGAGGUUCUCGAGGCCAUUGAUAGAUGCAACUCAAUGGGGGGCUCUAGUGGAAGAUUUUGGGUGCUGGAUCCUGUUGAUGGCACAUUGGGAUUUCUUCGUGGGGAUCAGUACGCGAUAGCACUUGCUUUGAUUGAAGAUGGAGAACCCGUGCUUGGAGUUCUAGGAUGCCCAAAUUAUCCUGCGAAGAAGGAAAUGUUGAGUUACCAUGAUGGCUAUUGUAGAAUUGCAUCUAGGUUAAUGUCACUGUCAUCUGAAUCUUGGGAUAAAGGCUGCGUGGUUUAUGCAAGCAAAAAUUGCGGUAAUGCUUGGAUGCAGCCGUUACUUCAUAAAGAAAAGAAAUUUGUUUGGCCGAACUCUGCAAGGCAAAUCAAAGUCUCCACUGUUGAUAACCCAGCAUUGGCGACCUUUUGUGAACCAGUCGAGAAGGCUAAUUCAAGUCAUUCCUUCACAGCAGGAGUAGCUCACAGUGUUGGACUUUGGAAUCAACCAUUACGUAUUCAUUCCAUGGUAAAGUAUGCAGCCAUUGCCCGAGGAGAUGCUGAAGUAUUCAUGAAGUUUGCCCGGGCAGGCUACAAGGAGAAAAUAUGGGAUCAUGCGGCUGGUGUUGUUAUCGUUCAAGAAGCCGGUGGUGUGGUAACCGAUGCUGGAGGUCAUCCUGUGUGCUUUUCUAAAGGUAUGUACUUGGAAGGUCUCGACCGGGGUGUAAUUGCCUGUGCUGGAGCUAUAUUACACGAGAAGAUUGUCAAGGCUGUUGACGCUAGCUGGAAUUCUUCUAGCCUUUAAUUCACUUGUACAUUGCCAAGUUAUCCAUAGUUUGUCAUGGCAUUUUAAAUAUAGUAAUAAAAUGUUCAUCAGGAUAAUACAAGAUCAUCAUGCUAUAUGAAUAAAAUGAUUAUGUUUAUUUCUUUA